GGGGAGUGUAGAGGAAAUAGAAGAAUUUAAGAAUAAAUAGAUCAGGUGUAGAGGCAAUAGAUGGAUUUGAUUUUGGAUAUUGUGGGGUAAAAGCGUCGUUUUGUUGUGUUAGGAAUAGAGUAAUUGAGGAAAUAGAGUAAAUAAGUAGAGUAGAAUAAGGGAAUGGAGUCAGGAAUUGUAUCUAUUCUCAGUGCCUUUCAGGUUGUGGUGUUGGUGUCAAUCCCUACAAAGAUAGGGAAAAAAUAAGAACAUAGCUCAAAACAGAGGGAACCAAUGCAGUAAAAUGAAAUAAAGAAGAAAGAUAAAGAUAAAAAGCUAAAGAAAAAAGAGGUGCUAGAAAACUUGCACAGAAAAGAAGACACUUAAAUGAAUAUCCAACAUUGCUCAUCAUGUCCCAGAACCCAGCAAGGAACACAGAUCUGCCGGCAUUAAAGGGGAAAGUUUAUGACAAGCUGCGAGACCUCUUCGAGAAUGGCCACUCGCCAGCGACGGCCUUCGAUGUCCUUAAGCACGACCUUCACCUACAGGAAGGGAGGAAUUACAUGAGAGCAAAGGCCAACAAGGAUGACUUCCCUGAUCUUCAUUACUGCUUCAGACUGUACAACAUGUUGUCCCUAGGGGAAGACAGGGCCCUAAGCAGCUUGAAACUAAAGCAAAAUUUAGAAGCUCUGGUGGAACAGUUUAACAAAUCUGAGGGAGAUGUUUGUGCCGCUGUGAAAGUGACUAAACAGGAUAGUGUGGUGGUAGCCCUCUGCACCCCCUUGAUGAAGAGGGUUCAUAUCCAUCUGGAUAACUGUGGUGAGGUGUGUUUCCUUGACACGCCAAGUGCCUCUUUUCCCACAGACUGUCGCCCUUAUUUCUUCAUUAGUCACAGUGUUGCUGGAGGGUUGCCGUUAGGUGUUGCUAUUAUAGAUAAGGUUAAUGAAGACACGCUCUUUGAAGCAUUUGAACUUUUGAAAACUAUUUUGCCUGUAAAUGCCUUUGGUGGACGCAAUCUUUUGGGACCCAAAAUUAUCUUGACAAGGAGGUCUCAAAUUGAACAAAAUUCAAUAGCACGGGCUUUUCCCUUAGUAACAACCAUAGUGUGCUGCCUUCAUCUCAUCCAGUCUGUGUGGCAUAAUAUUCUGUUAAAGAGUAUUAGAUCAGACAAUCACCGAGCAAGAUUAAUGAAGCUUCUGAAGAACAUGGUGCAUGCAAACUCACAGGUUGAGAUGUACCAGAGAAUGACACAAAUGCUAGAGGACUCCGUCGUAUCUAAGUACCCUUCCUUCAGGACGUACGUGAUAAAUGAGGUGUAUGGCCGUCGCGAAGACUGGUUGGACAGAUGGGAGAAACAUGCAAACCUCCGUAGUACCUACUACAAGCACAUCUUUACUCUCAGUCGGCAAGUGCUUGGUGACAAGAUAAUGCACCGCUGUAGGACUUAUAAUAUACCUCGGUUGUUCCACUUCUUCAUGACGCGGCUUGAUAACUACUACAAACAUCGGCUUGAGGGCAUUAUCAGCGGUAAACCAGUUAUGCAGACUUAUAAGUAUAUGCCCAUUGCAACUGUUGUAGAUCAUGAUAAGAAUGUAAAGCUAAACGAAGACUACUACGUCAUCACGACCAAAGGCAGCAUGAUAGAAAAGCACAGUCUUGAUCUUUUCGCUAGUGUGUGUUCCUGUAAUGUGGGUCGCAGGGGGAGCCCUUGUCAGCAUCAGGCGUCUUUGAUCUGCAAGUACAAUUUGCUUCCCUACAGCCCUCACUUGAAAUACGACGUGAACUUGAAAAAAUCCAUGAAGUACAUAGCAACAG